AUUGAUCUAAUAGUUGGAAACGAGUUUGCCAGUUUAUACCAUAUAUUGACUAUCUAGAACGAUUUUCAAGCAGUGAGUUCAACCGUUUUUUUGUCAAUUUUGCCGGAAUUUCACCGGUUUAAGAGCGGUUUAUAACUGGUCGGUUUUUCGGCCGGACCGGACCGUUUUAGAAAUUUCUGUCCGGUUCCAGCCCUGAUAUCAAUUAGUAAAAGAUUGUUUAAAUAUGAAAAAAUUUUUUUCUUUUUAAAUUUGUUUUUUUUUAUAUUUUUAUAAACAAGUCGAAUAAUAUUUCGUGUUAAUAAUGGUUUUAAUUUAUUUAGUUCUCAUUUGAUUAUAAUAGAAAAUGAUAAUGAAAAUAUAUUUGAAUCAAUUUUUAAUCUUAUGAUAAUUCUUUAUCAAGAUGAUAGUAUUAAACAAGAAAAUUAAAAAAAUCAAUCAAAAAUUUUAUUUUUAUUUUAAAUAAAUAUAUUAAACAAUAUUUAGAAAGUAAAAUUUUUAAUCAUUAUUUAACUAAAAAAUUUUUCAAAAUAAAAUUAUUUCACUUUCUUAUUGAAAUUUCAUUAAGAAAAAAUCAAUUACGAUUAAUUUUUUUGCAAAAAAUUAUAUAGAAUAAUUUUAUUCAACAUUUAAUAAAUAUAAUUAAUGAAAAAAAAAUCUAAUCGUAUAUAUGCUGCAAAAUUAUUAAGUUUUUUUAACUAUUGAAUCAAAAUGUAAGACUUUAAAAAAGAUUAUUUUAUUUGAAAUUUUAUUUAAAAAAAAAUAUUUUUAGAAUUAAACAACAUUUUAAUAGCAAAGAUGAAUUAAUAAAAUUUAUUAGAAUUUUGAAAUCAUCAUCGAUUGAUGAAGAAACUCGAACAAUAAUCUUAUCUUUAUUAACAAAUCUUUGUUCAGAAAAACAUAUAAGACUUUGUACUGUUAAUCAAACAGAACUUUUUCAAAUAUUAAUUGAAUAUUUAGGAUAUUUUGAUACUGAAUAUGAAUUAAAUUUAUUAGGAUUAUUAAUUAAUUUAACCAAUGAACAAAGUUCAACUCUAGAAGGAUUAUAA